AUGGCUGUUACACUCACGAAUGAAGACCAGCCGGCCCCGGCAACAGGAAUAAAUGUCGUUGUCGUUGGAGCUGGAUUUGGCGGCCUCGUCGCAGCAAUCGAAUGUCACCGACAAGGCCACAGCGUCUCCAUCUACGAGUCUUUCCCUGCGCUCAAAGUCCUCGGCGACAUCAUCUCCUUCGGCCCCAACGCCGGGCGAAUCUUCCACCGCUGGGAAAAUGGAAAAAUCGCAGCUAAGAUGCGAGCCCUUUCUAUCGAUCUGAGAGCCUACGGAUUUAAGAUUCACAAGUAUGAUACUGGUGAGGUGGUCUCACAUCAGAAGACUCCAGAGGGCGAUCCUGCUGCGCCGAAUUUCAAUGGGCAUAGAGGGGAGUUGCACCAGGUUGUUUUUGAGUAUGCGGAGAGUUUGGGUAUUCCUAUUCAUUUGGGGAGUAGGGUGGUGCAGUAUUUUGAAGACGGGGAGAAAGCGGGGAUUGAGUUGGAGAGUGGGGAGAAGAUUACUGGCGAUGUCGUUAUUGGCUCAGAUGGUGUGAGGUCGAAAGCUAGAACACUCGUACUGGGAUAUGAAGAUAAGCCUAAGAGCAGCGGAUAUGCAGUUUUCAGAGCUUGGUUCUCAAACAAAGACAUGAUCGCCGAUCCACGUACAGCACAGUUCUGCAAUAACGGCGAUACCUUCAACGGUUGGAUUGGCCCAGACGUACAUUUCCUCUUCAGCACAAUCAAAAAUGGCUCGGACUGCUGCUGGGUACUCACUCACCGUGACGAAGCCGAUAUUGACGAGUCUUGGUCACUUCCUGGGAAGCUCGAGGAUGUAUACAAAGUUCUUGAGGGCUGGGAUCCGAUGUGCAAAGCUAUUGUUGAGAAAACACCUAGUCUUGUGGACUGGAAGCUCGUGUACAGAGAUCCGCUACCGACUUGGGUGUCCAAAGGCGGACGAAUCGCUUUGCUUGGAGAUUCGGCACAUCCUUUCCUACCAACCAGCGCGCAAGGGGCAACGCAAGCACUCGAGGACGGCGUCACGUUAGCGAUCACUUUGAGGAGAGCGGGGAAGGGAGAUAUCCCCACGGCGGUACGUGCAUACCAAGCGAUUCGGUACGAUAGAGUGAAAGCUGUGCAGAAGACGGGCGAGACGACGAGGGAUAUGUGGCACAAGGCGGAUUGGGAGAAGGUCAAGAAAGAUCCGAAGUUAGUGGAGUUCCCUAGAGAAGAUUGGAUAUUCUUGCAUGAUGCGCAGCAACAUGCUGAGGAGGUUUAUGAUGAGGUUGUUAAAGCUUUGUAG